AUGCACAUGUGCUGCUCCAUGUCGGACUGCAACCAGCAGGAGGUGAUGUGUGAACUAAGCCGUUACUCUCCUGAUGGAUCCCAGGAGAGUUCAGAACCAGCUUAUUUCAUGGUGUCUCUCAAUGUGGAGGGAGUUGAGUUCAGCACUGCGUUCAUUCUGCAAACUUUGGCGGUAGAGAAGGACCAGUCGACCCUCACACAAAACAAACUGGCUCUGCCUCUUAGCAGCUCGGGAACUAUUCUGACUGAGGUGAUAUUCCUGGUGUUUUCCCACAUAAAGUCCGUAUCUGCCCCUCUGAGAGGUGACGUGCUCCUCAACUGUGGCUUCAAGCAGCAGGAGAUACCCGUAGCGCAGGAAGUGGCCGUUGAAUGGCGACUGCAGCACAGGGGAAAAGGGUGGAAAGUGUGAAUGAAGACAAGGCUGGAUGAUGCAGAAGGGAGCACAGUGGUGCAUGCAGAGAGGAGGGGCUCCAGCAUGAAGGCCUCCGAGGUCGUUGGUCAAGGUAACGCCUCCGUGACUCUGACCGAGCUGAAGGCGGACGUGGGGACCUACAUCUGUACUGUCAGUGUUGGUGCUUUCCACGCCCAGCAGGUCGUUCAACUCCACGUUGUUCAACCUCCUCACAUUUCACUCUCGCAGGAGAAGUUGGUGUUGAAGACGAACUCGGUCCAGACGUUGAGCUGCCACUGCACUAAGUACUACCCGCUGGAUGCUCAGAUCGAGUGGUUAUCCUUCUCUCCGACGGACACAGAGCCCACAGUGCUUCCAGAUCAGGGCUCUCUCUCCAGCCAUCGGCAGCACGCUGACAGGUCUUAUUCCCUGUCGUCUCACCUCACUGUGCCCUCCGGUGUCUCCCCUGGGACGAAGAUCACCUGCAGGGUGUCCCACCGAGCCCUGGACGCUCCUCUCUCUCUCAGUCUGGUGGUAGAACGUCCAGAAGCAGGCUCCUACGGGUGGGUUCUGGGAUUCCUGAUCAUCACUGUGCUUUUCUUCUACCAGGUCAUGAGAUAACUUUGUAGGCAGAUAAUCUGGAUUUUAAACUGAGAGACUUCCUUUGUGUCAUCUGUGAGUCUGUAAAUUACUACUGAUGAGAAGCCAUCACUGGUUCUGUUAACUCUUCUUGGCUUCACCUGAACACAAAGGUGCACUUUGGGUGAAAUAACUUCAUUUGAAUAUCUAACUGUAUAAUUCAUUUGCUUUAUACGUUUGCUGUAUUGUUGUUUGGUGUUUACUGUGAGGUUGCAGUAAACACAUCUGGAGUGUGUGUUUCUGUAGCCUGCAACAUAUUAAAUCUUAAAUCCCAAACUAUACUUUCGUGCAAAGUUCACACUUAAAUUACACAAAGAA